CCCGAAGUGUGGGUUCGUCCCAAGCACCCACAAAGUGGUUUGUGGCAUAAACUGAAAACAUGGUUCAAGAAGAUGGUGAUGUGGCAUCCAGAUCCAUUUUUGCCUGGGAUUAUGUUUUGUGGGAAGUUCGUCUGAAACUAGUGGUCGCAGGCUUUUUCAUCUACCUGGGAGUGUUUCUUCUCUCACACUACCUGUCUUCAAGGAUAUGCAUCACUUACCGUGCUUUGCCGGCAAAAGAGAAAGUCUUCUGGAAUCUGGCUGCCACACGAGGUGUGUUUGGCAUUCAGAGCUGCGUUGCCGGCUUAUGGGCCUUGCUUCUAGAUCCAGUUUUUCAGGCUGACAAAGUGUAUUCCCAGCAGGACUGGAGCUGGUUCAACUGCCUAAUAGCCUCUGGGUUCUUUUUGCUUGAAAAUGUAGCUGUUCAUGUGUCUAAUGUUGUUUUCAGGACAUUUGAUUUAUUUUUAGUUGUUCAUCAUUUGCUGGCCUUUGGUGGCUUUUUUGGUCUGGUGACCAACACACAGUCUGGACAUUAUAUACCCUUGAUGGGAAUGCUACUUGAGAUGAGCACGCCUUUCACCUGUAUAUCCUGGAUGCUUUUAAAGGUUGGCUGGGCUAACACUUUCUUUUGGAAGGCAAACCAGUGGGUAAUGAUUCACAUGUUUCAUUGCCGCAUGAUCCUUACUUACCACAUGUGGUGGGUGUGCAUUUCCAAUUGGAACGCUGUGCAAGAAAACUUGGGACGCCUACAUUUUGCAGUUGUAUUCACAGGGUUAAGUGCUGUGACAAUUGUACUUAACCCUUACUGGACAUACAAGAAGACCAAGCAGCUUGUCUGUCCCGUUGACUGGAAUUUUACCAAUAGAACUAUGAAAAAUGGUUCCUCCAAAAAACUAAACGGAAAACCACUGCAGACAAAAGAGCUAUGA